GGUUCGCGCCGUGGAAAGCGGAGUAACAACCUUUGUGCGGAGAUCCCGGAGCCGCGGAGUGCGUCCGUGCCAGCCGCGGGUAGGUCGCUGUCCGCGUCCCGCCCAUGCUGCGGUCCCCAGCCAUGGCCCUCGCCAUCCGAGUCGUUUAUUGUGGCGCUUGAGGCUACAAGUCCAAGUAUCUUCAGCUCAAGAAGAAGUUAGAAGAUGAGUUCCCGGGAUGCCUGGACAUCUGCGGCGAGGGAACUCCCCAGGCCACCGGCUUCUUUGAAGUGAUGGUAGCUGGGAAGUUGGUUCACUCCAAGAAGAGAGGUGAUGGCUACGUGGACACAGAGAGCAAGUUUCUGAAGCUGGUGGCCGCUGUCAAGGCCGCCUUGGCUCAGGGCUAAUGUGCCCUGAAGGCAGAGUCCAGUGACCUUGGCCCAGCCCCUGGUGGCAGACGCUUCAUGACGGGAAGGACUGAAAUGUCUCGUGGACGCCUGGUCUUUCCCUGAUGUCCCUGCGGCCGCUGAGUGGGGGCUGAGACUGACGCCCCUGGUCCUUGCCUGUGUGUGUGUGUGUGUGUGUGUGUGCGCGCGCACACGUGCGCACAUGUGCCCCCCGGGAGUGUAACUUUGCACCCUGCCUUGCUCCUUCCUCUCCCCACCCAUUCCCUGAAUCCCCCAGCCCCCUGGCUACUCUCUGGCAUUUGGGGUGGUCCUGUUCCUGGCUUCCUUCUCUUUGGGGGGGGCGAGAGAGAGAUCGGGUGAGUGAGUUGCAGAUUUUGGCACACUUGUCAACGGUUCACUAUUCAUUAAACAUUGGGUGAGUUUAAUGGAA